CCUCUCUUAGCAUUCGUCAACAUCAAUAAAAAAAAAGAAGAAAAACCCAAAAAAAAUUUUAUAGUAUACUUUUUUCUUUCUCAUUAUUAUUCAUCUUGAAUUAUGUCCUACUUAUUAGAAAUAUAAAUACAUAACCAAUUCAUUUCGGGUUUUCUUUUUUUUUUUCUUUGUUUUCUUUCUUCUCUCCUUUGUCCAUUACUCUGUUCUCUUUUCUCUCUUUGCUACCAUGAGCAGCAAAGGUGGCGGCGGCGGCGGUGGUGGACGUGGAGGUGAGGGGUCAGAGGUUUCGAUCCCAGACAAUGCAAAGAAAACGAUCCAAAACAUAAGGGAGAUCACAGGGAAGCAACACAGCGAUGAAGAAAUCUAUGCAGUGCUCAAAGAGUGCUCUAUGGAUCCUAAUGAAAGUGCCCAAAAGCUCCUUUAUCUGGAUACAUUUCAUGAGGUGAAAAGAAAACGCGAUAGGAAAAAGGAGACAACUAAUAUGAUGCAGACAGCUGGUACACAAGGACGAGGGGGCCGGGGCAAUCGGGGGAAAUAUUAUACAUCAGCUGAUGCUGGAGGUGGAAGGAAUGCAUCUGCUCGAAGGGAGAAUGGGGUUAAUAAUACCUCAGAUAGGGGUUCUAUGCCUUUGUCAGUCUCUCAGAAAGCGAAAAGUAAUGCAGCACCUCAGACAACAAAAACACCUACUGCCAUGCCAAAUGGCACUACAGCUUUACCCAAUGGGAGCUCCAGUCUUGGACGUGGAUCCCAAUUGUCUGCAGGUGGUGCUAGUAAUGAAACUAAAGAUGGCUUACUUGCAAACAAGCUAGUGACUGUUUCAGUGCAACCAGCUGUCACAGAACCUCCUGCCCCCACUGCUCAUUCCUUUGGCUCUCUGAUCAAAGAUCAAGAGAAGUCCACAUCAAAUUCUAAUCCGUCAUCAACUUCUGCCACUUCAAUAUCCGUGCCUGGUGUCUGUUCAUCUGCUGCAGAUCCUGUGUUGGCACCAACCGUGUCCCAUCAUGUUGGUGCUGUGAGUACAAUAAAACGUGACAUUGGAAACCAACGGGGAGCUGCUGAAGUAAACCAUACUCAAGGAAACAAACAUGUUCCCCAUGAUAUUAAUGUAUCUAAGACUGAGAAAGCAGCCUCCGAGGUUCCAAGCCCAAAGCCUGGAAAGAAGGCCCUGAGCAAAUCAAAGGUUGCUGAACAGGUUCAGCAGCCCGAGACUAUAGAGCCCUCCUUACUACAAGUGGUCACAUCUGAGGUUGCAGCUGUCAUUAUUGAAGACAAUUCUCAAUUACUUCCCGAUUCAAAUGUUCCCAAUGGCCAACAUGUUACUUUUCCCACCCACUUCCAAGUCUCUGAAGCAUUGAAAAAUGGCUUAACUUUUGGAAGCUUUGAUGCUAGUUUUGGACAAGGAACAAAACACGAUAACAGCACUAGCGUGGAGAUUAACUCUGCAUGCCCUGUUGAAACUUCUCAUGGUAAUGAUGAAACUGCUGGAGAGCCAUCUUCCAGUAGCCAAUGUAUAUUAUCAGCUGUGGAAGGGGAUAAUUCUGAUCGACCACAAUCUCCUUCUGAGUUUGAGAAAGUGCCGGAAUCAGAUGGCAAUAUUUCAUCUGAUGCAGACUUGAAAGGCAACCAUUCAAACCAAGAAAUGCAUUUGCACCCUGAAGUUAAUCAGAGUGUCAUUCCAAAUGUCCCAAGCUAUGGGUUUGGUUUUAUGCCAGCAUCAGCUAGCCACCUUGCACAGUUUGAUGGACCUGAGGCUCGGGCACCUGAUGCUUCUCGCCUUAUAAACUUUGCUAGUGGGAAUUCUCCAGCUCCAUCCGGCAGUUCAACACCACCUGUUCAGAGCUCCGUUGCAGCAGCCCCACAAGCAGUUCACCUUUUCAGGCAGCCAUUUCCCCCUAAUUACUUUCCCUAUCCCCACUAUCUUCCACCUUUUUAUAUGCAUCCGAUGCAUCAAUAUUUAAACCCCAGUGGGCUUCCCCAGCAGCCUUCAACUGGUAAUGUAUACAUGCCACCUGGAGCAGCUGCACCUGGGGUCAAAUUCCCUCUUCCACAGUUCAAGCCUGGAACUAAUGCAGGAAAUCCUGCUCACCUCACAAUCCCAUCUGGCUAUGGUCCAUUGACUUCUCCGCCCGUUGGUUUCAAUAUAUCUGUUCCAUCGGCGACAUCUGGAAGCUCUAGCAGUAAGGAGGAUCUUGCAGCAUCGCAGUUGAAGGAAAAUCAUAUAUACACAACAGGACCACUGAACGACGGUUCAGCUCUCUGGAUGCCUGCACCAGGGCAAGAUUUAUCCAACUUGCAGGUUAAUUCUUUGUACAACCUCUCUCUUCAUGGCCAACAGGUUCCUUUCUCUCCUGCACAGGCUGGUCAUGGGGCCUUUGCUGGACUUUAUCAGUCACCACAAACAAUGGCUGCUCCUUCCAAUGUUAAUACCCUUCUACAGCAGUCUCAAGCCAUGGCUGCAGCUGUCGAAACUGUGGGUCCCCCAACUGGUGCUUAUCAGCAGCCUCAACAUGCACAGAUAAAUUGGAACACUAAUUACUGAACUGUUAAAAUCUUGCGAGGAUGCAACAUAGAAACACUUGGAGGAACCUUCGGGAGGUUGAAGCUCUUGCCUGCUUUUUGGAGUGUAAAUAUUAAAGGCAUCUCAGAUUUAUUAGGGUAAUGUCUGGUGGGGAAAUAUGUUGCUGACUUGUUUUGCCCUUUUUCUUUUUUGCUAUCUUUCCCCCAUUCCUUUCAGUGUUGUCCUGGGUAGCAAACUUUUUGCUGUUUCUAUUGGAACUUAUUAUUCUCAUAAGAUACUCUAUAGGAAUUGAAGAGGUCAAUAGAAUUAGGUGGGAUUUUGCCAAAAUUUUUCCUUUCUAAUGUCUCACCUGUAUAUUAAAUUUUGAAUAGGGAGGAAGGAUGAUACAAGCUGUAAUUGGUAUAUGAGAAGGUGCUUUUAGUUUCUUUGAUUGACUGAUGGCCGUAUUUAAUGAAAAAGCUACCUAGUUGUUGUCA